UCAGUCGGAUCCGUCUUGCCAGCAUGGCGGACCCGAGGCAAGUUCGAGAAGGUUUAACGGUACUUAUAUUGUGUUUAUUAUGGUACGUGGUGGGUUCUUCGAACAAUGUGAUAGGGAAAAUGUUACUGAACGACUUCCCUUACCCUAUGACAGUGACUAUGGUCCAACUGCUUUCGAUAACUGUGUACUCCGGGCCAGUCCUCAAGUUGUGGGGUGUCCGGAGGCAGAUAGACAUCGGAUGGAAGUACUACAUGAAGAUAUUGGUCCCCUUGGCCAUCGGUAAGGUGAUGGGGUCUGUCUUUACUCAUGUCAGCCUAUGGAAAGUACCUGUCUCUUAUACUCAUACCGUUAAAGCUACCAUGCCCCUUUUUACUGUCGUCCUGUCAAGGUUAAUUUUAGGAGAAAAGCAAACAUUUAAGGUUUACAUGUCUUUAGUGCCGAUAAUCUUAGGAGUUGGUUUAGCAUCCAUGACAGAAAUCUCAUUUGACUUGCUAGGGCUGCUCAGUGCACUUGCAGCUACAUUACAGCAUUCUCUUCAAAACAUCUUUUCGAAAAAGGUUUUAAAAGAUAUUGGUCUUCAUCAUUUACGGCUGUUACAUUUGCUUGGAAGAUUGUCCAUGAUGAUCUUUCUGCCUUUUUGGUGUUGGUUUGAUCUCAGCAGUGUCAUACAUGAAUCAAAGAUAUUGAUCGAUGGAAAGUGGAUACUGCUGUUAGCUGAUGGGGCCUUAAGUUGGCUGCAGAAUCUCCUGGCAUUCUCUGUUAUGUCGAUGGUUAGUCCUCUGACCUAUGCUGUUGCAUCCGGAACCAAGAGAUUAGCAAUAAUCAGUGCGUCACUUCUCAUAUUGGGGAAUCCUGUAUCAGCUCUGAAUCUCCUUGGUAUGACUGUAGCAGCUGCUGGAGUCCUAGCUUAUAACAAGGCAAAGUACGAUGCUCGAAUAGAAGAGAAGUCCCAUUUGCAAAACAUAUCUGUGAUGCCGUCAGUAAAUGGAAGUGUCAACCAUUCAAAGAUAUCUAUGCUCAUUAUAUAAGGGCUCUUUCCUUGAACUUCUCUCUAAUGUCAAUGGCACGAGACCUGACUCCUGGGUCAGAAUCAGUUUCGAGUUCCGUUGAAAAUUUGUCAAAUGUCGACUUAAUCAACAAAUAUGCCUCAACAUGGUC